UCUGUCAUAAAUCAAUUGUGUUCAAAAUUUGUUUUUUAAAUUGCAACCUUUAGAUUUUUUUAAAAGACAAAAAACGCAGGAAUAGAAGUUAAAGAAAUUUUAUCUUAUAAAAUUUGUAAUUUUUACACAAUUUCGACGAAUCAGUGAUAUAGAAAAACAUAUUCAACAUGAAGGUUAUGUACCCCAGAGAUAGCAAGCUGCUAAUGUCAGAGUCUCAAUCUUUUGGAGAAACGGUCACUUUCAAGAAAAUAGUAAACCGUCCUAAUACGUGUGUCAAUGACAUGCUGAAUGGAUUGGCAAAAACUUUUCCCGGAUUACAUGUUGAUGUAAAAUCCAAAGUUGUAUUGCUUCCUCAGGAUGGCAAUCCUAAUAGUGUGGCAAUAGUCUCAGGAGCUGGAUCAGGACAUGAACCUUAUCCUACAGGAUUCAUAGGUAAAGGAAUGCUUACAGCCGCUGCUUGUGGCAAUAUAUUUUCUUCACCUUCCGUAACUAAUUGUUUGACAGCAAUCUGUAACGCAAGUCAUGUGAAGAAAAAAGGUGUUCUUGUCCUGAUCUUGAGCCACGGUGGAGAUACAUUGAAUUUUGCAUUAGCAAUUGAAUCGGCUAAAGAAAUGGGUAUUAAGGUUGAUUCCGUUGUGGUGGGAGACGACUGUGCAUAUUAUAAGCCUGGUGUGAAAAAUACACCACCUAGGAGAGGUCUUGUUGGAAUAUUAUUUGUUGCUAAAAUAGCUGCAGCUUUGGCACAACAAGGGAUGAAUGUUGAGAAGUUGAAACAGACAUGUACGGAAAUAGUUGACAACAUGGCUACAAUGGGAUUCAGCUCUAGUUCGUGUACAGUGCCAGGGCAGCAGCACGCACUGGUCACCAUAGCUCCCGACGAAAUACAUCUCGGCGUCGGCAUUCAUGGAGAACCUGAUGGCAAAAGUUUCAGAGCUAGUAAAAAUAUUACUGGAUCAAAUUUUGAGAGCGAUUAAAAUUCAGACAGGUGACGAUGUCUGCGGCAUUGUCAAUGCUCUAGGAAUCACCACACCACUCGAGUUCUACACUGCCGUUGCCGAAAUAGAAACUCAACUUCAUGCAAGACGAAUCCAUCUGAAGCGAAUGUAUGCUGGCACAUUGAUGCCUGCUCUAGACUCGGGUGGCAUGCAGAUAUGCCUGUUGAAAGUUUCUGAGUACAACAAGUUUUGGCUGGAAUGUUUAGAUGCCAGCACU